CUCAUUUCCUAAACAAAACCCAAACCCAAACCCAAACCCGUCCCAACAUUUGGUUACACUGACAGACCGAGUGAUCUGGCGGCUAUGGCCACCAUGGCGCUACCUGAGGCGAGCACAAGGCUUCCCUUAGGCUCUUUAACCCAUAUAGACAUAAGCACCCUCUCUCAGUCGGAGCUCCACGCCCUCUCUCUCUUGUCCUUGAACCGCUGCGGCACUGACGACCUGGUGGUCCCCAAAAUCGACCGAUCCCAAUUCAAUGAGAGCGCCGGGUCCCGCCGCCAGACGUACUCCCGCCUCCGGCGCCCCCAGUCGGAUGCGUCGACGGGCCAUCGGCGGCGCGUGGCAGGCCUCCUCUCUACUCCGAAAGUGUCACCACCCCCGGCCCAAGCUGACGACCCGGAACGCAACGAGAACCAUGCCAUCAUCGCCCACCUCAAGCACUUGAUUUCCCAGGAUCCCAAAUUCGAUCAAAUCGACUUGGAGCCCACCUCGACGACGACGACGAUGGAAUCCUUGUUUUUGGACAAGAAGGUUGGAAUUGCAGAAUUAGGUGUGAGGAAGAGGAAACGAGGGAGGAAGCCCAAAGUGAAAGGGUCAGCAGGGUCCAGUGGCGAGGUACUGGGCAUGCAGAUUGUAAACAAGAACGGCGCUGCAGUUGACAUCUGGGCUUUGCAGAACUCAGAAAACCCUUUUGGGGAUGAGCUGAGGAGGAGGACGUUGGGUCUGGAGACUGAGGAGGAGUUGUUGGGUUUCAUGAGGGAAUUGGGUGGCCAGUGGGGGAGCAGGAGGAAGAAGAGGAAGAUUGUCGACGCCACUGAAUUCGGGGAUGCCUUGCCUCUCGGUUGGAAGCUCUUGCUCGGCCUCAAGCGCAAGGAACGACGUGCUUGGAUUUACUGCCGCCGAUACAUUAGCCCUACUGGACAACAAUUUCUGUCCUGCAAGGAAGUUGCUUCUUUUUUGGAGUCCUUCUUUGGUCUUAAUAAUGCUGAAAGGCAAGAUGGUGAUGGUGGUGAGAACAUUCAGGAGGACUGUGUAAUGGCUACCGAAAAUCAUGCUGAUAAAGAUGGAGAAAGAAGGCAAGAUGUGAGCUCCAGCUCUGCUAUACUGGUGUCUUCUAUAUCUAAUGAGCCUGAGAAUAAAGUUAGCGUAUCGGAAAUGGAAAAUCUUGCUGAGGUUCAGAUACAUGACCUUUUUGAAUGUCACAAAUGCAGUAUGACUUUUGCCGAGAAGGAUUCAUAUUUGCAGCAUCUAUUGUCCUUUCACCAGAGGACUACAAGGAGGUAUAGACUUGGUUCGACAGUUGGGGACGGUGUGAUAAUUAAGGAUGGGAAAUAUGAGUGCCAGUUCUGCCAUAAGGUAUUUCUUGAAAGGCGUCGCUAUAAUGGGCAUGUAGGAAUCCAUGUUCGAAAUUAUGUGAGGAGGGUGGAAGAGUCGCCAGCUCCAACAACUCUUCAAAAGAAAAUAGAGUCUCCAACAAGGGAAGGUUUGCCAUCAAGGAACUCUAAAAUGGAUGCUUUGAUUGAAAUUGCUCAAAACUCUAUCCUCGAAACCUCCACUGCUGGACCAAAUGAGGAAUUAAAAGGUGGUACUACACCAGAUCCAUACAUCAAUAUUAGUUCAGAAACUCCCGCUUCCAAUAAACUCCCUUCCAAUUCUCAUCUAGAAAUGAACAUAGAAUCUAAACUGACUGAACAGGACCUGGAAGAUCUUAUGAUUGAUGGAAUUAAUGAAGAUGAGCAAGAGAGUGAGCAUACAAUAACUGAUGGAAGUAUGGGGGAAGCUGUUGAUGCUAUGGAAGUUGUAGAUGAUAAGGUGAAUUCUUGUUUGGUUACCACUGCCUCAUCUGCUGAAGAGAAAAAUGGGAAGACAUCUGAAAGGUCUGUGGAGAUAAAUGGUCUGGCACCCACCUCUGAUGAAUUGGAGAUGUCUGGCACCAAGCAGGAGAAUGCUUCUGAAUGUCCCCAUGUACAUGCUUCUUCAAAUAAUAAAUCUAUUAGUGAUGUUGCGGACAAUGUAAAAUGUGCACCUGCAUUAGAGCAUCCCAGUCCCGUUGAAGUCGAUAAACAAAAGCAUACUGAACCAAUUGGUAGCAUCGAUCAACCUCGACCAGCUAAUGAUAGUUCCUUGGAGUUCCAUGCUUCUAACAGAAAUGAACUCCAAAGUGGGGUUUGUGACACCUCAAUGUCAUUGGUGCGACCAUUGCUCUGUCUUCCCACAUCCAAUGCAAUUUUGCAGAAGGGAGACGAACAUCUUAUUGGUGUUGGCCAGAGCGGUGACCAUGUAAUGGAUCUAGAGGAUCUGCAACAACAUGAAAUAGAACAUCUGAAGCAUGGUUCUGCUGCUGGGCAAGAAUCUUUUAUACUAGAGGAGGUAACGAUUGAUAUGACAAAUAGUUCAGAGAUGCAAAAACCAGUUGGUUCCUCUGUCCAGUUUGAACCAGAAGAAGUGAUGCUAAACAUGGCUGGCAGCAAUCAGCUUACAACUGCUUGUAUCUGGUGUGGAGUAGAUUUCAAACACGAGGCUGUUGAUUAUGAUGUACAACCCGAUUCUGUUGGCUUUAUGUGUCCAGUGUGCAAGGCAAAAAUUUCUGAACGUGAAUGAAUGACCUAGAAAAAAGAGAAAAAGACAGGGGGUCCAUAUGUAAUCUGAACAAGAUAGCAGGCCAGUGAUAUUUUGCUGAUUACAGUAAUUUCUGUUUAUUGUCGAACAAAUCUCGUCUGUCUUACGUAAAUUAUAAUAUUACCCUCUGAUGGUAUUUGCUAGUA